AUGAUGAUGGCUAUUAUCAAAGACACCCUAGGCAACAUAGGCCUAGGCACGAAUCAAGCUAUCCAAGAGAACCUAGAUUUGAACUUCCUCCCUUCUAAGACUUCCCCCAGGUUGAUUGGCAGGUUUGUUGUUGGUCAAGGUUUUGGCAACUUUGAUCCAAAUAAGGACCCUGCAAACUUCAACCUUGUUGAUCCUGUUGAAAGGAACACUGUUGGUGUCCCAUCUGGUGGAUGGGUUGCUAUCAGAUUCCUAGCAGAUAAUCCAGGGGUAUGGUUCAUGCAUUGUCACUUGGAAGUGCACACAAGCUGGGGUCUUAAGAUGGCAUGGGUGGUGUUGGAUGGAAAGCUCCCUAAUCAGAAGCUGUUUCCUCCGCCAGCUGAUCUUCCCAAGUGUUAACAAAACCUCAAACUAGUUGCUUUAUUUUUGUUUCAAUAUUCUGGUUCUUCAAUUUUUGUUUCAACUAUGAGCAACUGUUUCUAACCAGUUGCUUUCAUUUUUUUUUUUCGUUCUUAUUUUUUCAUUUUUGGGUGAAAAAAGAGUUGAGGCUUGGCUUGAGGUUGAGGGUGGAUUCUUUUCUUUCAGAAAUUUAUUUAUGGAUGGCGCCUUCUCUACAAAAUUGUAAUUCAUUUAUAUGAAUGAAAAUUCUUCAUGAAAACCUUAUUAUAAAAGAGUUUUUUUUUA